GGGUUUCGUUACUUCUGGUUAGUCCGUUGGGGAACUGCUGCCCGGACACCUGAGACUGCUGAGACGGCCGAUUUCUCCUUAUCAUUUGCUCCUUCAAGUUGCACGCGUAGGCCGAGGAGUCUUGAUCAUCCGCAGCGAUGGGAGGGCUGUGCAUCCGGCUGUAGUGACAUGGACCGUAAUGUCAGCUCGCUGAUAGGCAAAAUAGCUGGUUGAACUACACAGAAGGCUCCAGGAUUCUCUCCGCCGUUCACUUGAGAAGCUAGUGAUGGCCCUGGUCGAGGAUUCCAGUACGCACCGUCCGCGAAAGCUGCUCCUACCGUUGGCUAUUCUAUGGGUAGCUCUCGCGUUAUCCCUUCUAGGGCUACCAGCCAUUACGACAGCGGAUUCCCGUGCUCCUAUCGCCUCGUCGUCGGAAGCAUCUUCAUCAGCAAUCGUUUCUCCAGCAGUCGAUAACGCAGCAGCGGCGGCGGUGGCGGGGAAUGGCGGGAAGCAGGUCAUCAAAGUGGCUUGCCUUGUGCCGCUGGAGCUCGCUUUCGGCCAGGCCAUCUUCAAGGCUGUGCGAUUGGCCGAGGCCCAGAUCAACGCCGACGACCAGCUGCUGCCAGACUACUCCGUUCAAGUCGUGCCGGUCAACACAAGCCUCUCCACCACCCAGGCUGCAGCGGCAGUGGUGCAGACGAUGCUGACAGAAAGGGUGGUAGCAGCAGUUGGGCCGAUGACGUCCUCUCAGGCGCACGUGCUCUCAGCCAUCCACACUCAAGUGCAGGUGCCUACAGUCUCCUACUCUGCCACAGACCCCUCUCUCUCCGCCGCCUCCUACCCGUUCUUUGCCCGCACCAUCCGCAGCGACGCCCUCGAGAUGCAAGCCAUAGCAGACCUGGUGGCGCAUUUCAGCUGGCUUGAGGUGAUCACCAUCUACAGUGACGACGACUAUGGCAGGAACGGAGUCAACCAGCUCACCGUGCUGCUCGAUAAGCUGUCCAUAGACGUGGUGAAGAGCAUCCCCGUGCAGCUCGACGCCUCCCUCUCAGACAUCAUCGUGCGCCUGCUAGCCGCUCAGAAGCUGGAGUCAACUGUCUUCAUUCUCCAGCUGAACCUUGAGCUGAUUGUGCCGGUGCUCACAGCUGCGUCGGAGGUGGGCAUGAUGACCCCCGGAUAUGUGUGGAUCGCCACCGAAGGAGUGGUGUCGGAGCUGGAGAACCUACCAGAGCUCUCCACGGAGGGGGUCAUUGGGACGCGCGUCUUCGUGCCGCCCAACGCGCAGCUGUCAGAGUUCGAGCGGGCGUGGCAGGCGGAUGGGGACGGGAAUGCAACGGCUGGUGCUGCAGCAUCGUUCCAAGAGACCACCCUCUACGCUCUCUUCGCCCAUGACUCUCUCUCCCUCAUCGCCCACGGCCUCCACUCCGUCCUCUAUCCCAACUCCCCCUCCUCCUCCUACUCCUCCCCUUCCCCUCCUCCUCUUCCUGCUAGCAACGCCAGUGCAAGUGCCAUGGGUAUCGCUGGGAUAAUGGCAGGGGCAGGAGUGGAAAGUACGAAUGCGGGGGUGCAGGGGCUUGAGCAGUGGCAAGCAGUGAGGUUACCAAAGGGAGGAGGUGCUUCUUCCGAUCUAGCCAAAUUGCAAGAGAAUCUCGAGGGUGCAAAGCUUAUGGAUGCCAUCGUACGGACGACAUUCGAUGGGGUCACUGGGAGUGUGACGCUGGAUGAAUUGGGCGAUCGCAACGGCACGUCCUUCGAGAUAGUCAAUGCGGUCAACGGCAGGCUGCGGUCCAUCGGCUACUGGACCACAGAGAACGGCCUCGCUUCCUCCCUUGAUCCUACAGGGACAAACAAGGAUCCCACCCAAUCAGUGCUUGCUGGCGUCAUCUGGCCCGGCGGGGUCUCCUUCCUCCCUCGUGGCUGGUUUCCCCGCGCACACACGCCUUUGAAGAUCGCUGUGCCUUUCAAGCAGGAUUUCACCCAGUUCGUGCAGAUAACCACCAACGACACCUUCACUGGCUUCUGCGUGGAGGUCUUUCGAGCUGCAGUGGGGCUGCUGCCCUACACGCUGGACUAUGAGUUUGUGCCUUUUGGUGUCGGCAACCUCUCUCUAAGUUAUACCGACAUGCUCAGGCUAGUCGAAAACAAGACAUUCGACGGUGCCGUAGGAGACAUCACCAUAACGCAGGAGCGCCAGCAGAUGGUGCAGUUCACACAGCCAGUGCAGUCCGCGAGUCUCUCCAUGGCAGUAGCCCAGGAGCCCACGAGCACGGGCGCGUGGUCGUUCCUGUCGCCCUUCUCGCUCACCAUGUGGCUGGUCAUCCUGGCGUCCACCGCCUUCACGGUGGUGGCCGUGUGGUUCCUGGAGAAGAACCAAAACGAGGACUUCCACGCCCACGGCAAACUCUCCAGCCAGAUCAUCGACAGCGUCUGGUACGCGCUCACCACUAUCGUGUUCGCACAAGACAAGCCCAUCCACACCACCAUGGGGCGCCUGGCCAUGAUGUCAUGGCUCUUUCUCGUGCUCAUCAUAACCGCCAGCUACACCGCCUCCCUCUCAUCCAUCCUCACCGUUCAGAACCUCGCUGCGACCCCUGAUAGCCUUUCAGUGGCAAUUUCCCUGAAGCUCCCUAUCGGUUACCACGAGGGGUCCUUCACCUACAAGUACCUCCUAGCGAUCGGCAUCCCCGAUUCCAUCCUGCAGCCCCUGGGUUCCAUGGCUGACUUCGCAGACGCCCUGGGGUCGGGCAAGGUGAAGGGGGUGAUAGACGAGGCGCCGUACCUGGAUGUGUUCAGCUCGCGCUUCUGCAGCUACACACGGGUGAAGGAGCAGCUAUCCACCUUCAACUGGGGCUUUGCCUUUCAGAAGGGAAUGCGCGUACCCUACGAUCUGUCCAUAGCCAUUUCAAAACUCGCCCAGUCGGGGCAGCUGCAGAGCAUGCACGACUUUUGGAUCAAGGGGUCCACCUCUUGCUCCGUGGGGCCCUCCGUCUCCUCCACCAGCCUCGGCCCCGAGAACUUCUGGACGCUCUUUGUGAUCUAUAGCGCCGUCGCGGUGCUGUGCUGCCUAGUGUACUGCGCCAUGUCGGCUUAUACGGGGUACAGGAUCCUCAGCUACUGCCGCAAGAUGGAGAAGGAGUUGAAGGAGGAAGUUGAAAAGGGGAGAGGAGGCUCAUCCAAGACACAGCCUCCAGAGGAGGCCAGCAGAAAAGGGCUCAUUGGGUGCUGGAGUGCUGCCAAAUCCGGUUUCCACACAAUGCUGGAGAUCAACUUCUUCCACGCCCUCUUUGUGGGGCUGGGGUGGAAGGACCCCCCAGACAUCCACAACUCCCUGGUGGACAACCAACUGCAGCACAUUGACUUUGACAGUUACAGUGCUUCUGGCAGGUUUGGUGGUGCUGGUGGUGCUGGUGGGUUUGAUGGUUACGAUGCAGCUGGUGAUGGGAGGGAUGGCAGAGGGGGGGAAGGUGAAGGGGCCACGGUGCUUGAGCGCCUCAGGAGCAUGGGAGGGAGUUUCAAGGAUGGUGGCGAUGGCAGGCGGUUGAAAUCAAACAAAUCCCUGAAAAGGCGGUUUGACAGGGGAAGCUCGGCCAAGGGGGGCUCGUUCAGGGCCGGGUCUUUCAAGUCAACCUCGUUCAAAGCAUCAGAGUCGUUCAAAAAGCCCGGAUCUCUCCAGCGGCCAAGCACUGCCGAGGACGGGUCAAGGAAGUCAACGCCAGUCAAGAGGGCAGGUUCUUUCAGAACCGCCGAGUCGCUCAGUUCAGCCUCUUUCAAGCGGGCAGGUGCUUUCCAGGGGGGGCCUGUUGCCCGUGCUGUUAACUUCCGAAGCGCGUCUGUGAACGGCGGUGGAGGCAGGGAGGAGGCAGAAGGGCGGGAGCAGAGGGGGGAGCAGGGGCAGGAGCGGAGGGCAAAGCUUUUUGUGAGAAUGGAGAGUGGGAAGGGCAGCUUCAGGAAAUCGGACAGUUUUAGUAGGCCUGGGAGUGGAGGUUCCCAAGAAAGGGCUGGGGCUGGGAGCCUGGGCACUGGGCCAAUCUCACAGCAGGUGGGCAGCUUUAGGAAAUCGGACAGUUUUAGUAGGCCCGGGAGUGGGGGUACCCAAGACAGGAGGGAUGGGUCUGGGAGCCUGGGCGCAGGGCCAAGCUCGCAGCAACCGGGCAGCUUCAGAAACACGGGCAGCUUUAAGAGGCAAGGCAGUGCGAUCCGGGCUCCAAGCUUCAAGCGCACGGCCAGCAUUAGGCAGGAGGGUAGCAGCCCGGGGAGUGGUGGCAGGAGUGCCAACGAGGGUGGUGGGAAGGAGGCAAGUGGCAGGCCAGAGGGCUCGGAGCAGCAAGGGCCUGUGAUGAAGCAAAUGGGGAGCUUUAAGAAGGCUGGCAGCUUUAAGAAAACAGGCAGCUUCAAUCAAAGGGGCAGUCUGGGACAGGGGCCCCUUGUGGGACAGGGGCCCCUUGUGGGACAGGGACCCCUUGUGGGACAGGGACCCCUUGUGGGUCAGGGAGGCCUUUUUAAGCACAGCAGCAGCUUCAAACUCCCUGAAGGCUCGACCCAGACAGGCUUUAUCCCAGCAGGCUCCAACCAGGCAGGCGAUGCUGUUAGUUCAGGGGUGUCAGAGCAGCAGCAGCAGCAGCAGCAGCAGCAGCAGCAGCAGCAGGUGGGGCCGAUAAUGAAACCAGCGGGCCUGUUCAAAAAGACAGUCAGCUUCAGAGGGGCUGAGGUGGGAACGAGCUCUGCUGGAAGCUCUGGUGGCUCCGGGGGCAUGAACAGAGGGGGAGAGGACGGGGGGGCAGGAGGAGGUGGAGCAGGGGGGACAGGAGGGGCAGGAGGGGCAGGAGGCAUCGGAGGUGAGAGGGACGUGGGGGGGGGAGGAAGGACAGGGGGAGAAACUAGGCCGGACGUGAGGUUUGGUGGCCGUGCAAAGGACAGGUUUGAAGGGGGGCCGGUGUGGCAGUCUACGUCUUGGGGGAAGAGAGGGGGAAGCGGGAGCACUGGGGGGAAUUAGCGUGAGGUGUUUGACUGAUUAUGCCUACCAGGCCGAAUUCUCCUUUACCCACGCCUGCAAGGGAAGCAGGCUGUACAUUAGGUUUGGUGAGAGGUGGUGUGAGGGACAGGCUUGAAUGGGGGACCAGUGUGGCGAUUGGCUUCUUGGGGGAAGAGAGGGGGAUGCUGAAGCACCUGUGGGAAUUGACGGGUGUGACUCUUGGUGACAGACAGAAGGAAGGGUGCCCGUUACAGGGAGAUGCAUGCGCGGAGCGGACAGGUUUGGAGGAGGGGCCGGUGUGGCGAUUGGCGUCUUGGGGGAAGAGAGGGGGAUGCUGAAGCACCUGUGGGAAUUAGGGUGAGGGUGUGUGACUCAAUGUGCCAGGCCCAAUUCUCCAGGCCUUCAAGGGAAACAGAAGGGACAGGCUUGAAGCAGGGGCGGUGUGGUGGUCGGCGUCUUGGGGGAAGCGAGGGGGAUGCUGAAGCACCUGUGGGAAUUAGGGUGAGGGUGUUUGACUCAAUAUGCCAGGGCGUAAUCUCCUUUACCCAGGCCUGCAAGGGAAACAGAAGGGAGGCUCGAAGGGGGGGGCGGUGUGGCAGUUGGCGUCUUGAGGGAAGAGAGGGGGAUGCUGCAGCACCUGUGGGAAUUGAUGGGUGUGACUCUUGGUGACAGAAGGAAGGAAGGAUGUCCGUUGCAGGGAGAUGCAUGCCUGUAGCACGAGGAUGCAUGCCUUUAGGAUGUCUUGGGAAGUGGACAGGAUGGCAACAGCUUGGUGGGUGGGUGGGUGGUGGUGUGAGGGAUAGGCCUGCAGGGGCUUGGUGUGGUCUGGUGUGGUGGUCAACCGUCAACAAGAUGACAGGAACAAAUGUGUAUAUUGCUGUCAAGGGAGAACUGGAGAUAGGGUUUUGGACAACGGCUCCUUCCCGCAUGAAGCGUGCAUGCAGGCUGCUGUUGCGUGCUCAUAGUGGUUUCGUUUCUUCUAGUUUCUAUAUUUAUGUAUUUCCAGUUCUUGUAUACCCUUGUGUUUGACAACGCUUUCCAUGUACGGAAGAGAAGGGAAGGAUGCGAAGAAUUUAUAUUUAUAUU